GAUUGCUGGAUUCGACAGAGGGGAGGGGGAGAAAGGAGGUAGCCGAAAACAUACCGGCAGGCAUGAAGUUCUCAGAGGACAAAAAUCUUAGGAAGAGGCGCUGCGUCUGUCUGAAACUUUCAUUGUACUUCAGUCCCGUGUUUCCGUCUUUUUGGCUCAUUGGUGCUGCAGCUUUGAAGGCGCAGAAAGACCGUUUCCAAGUCCAGAGGCAGCUGAAGCAGCUGGUUUGGCGUGAGCUGCGCAUCAACUGAGUGACAGGAUUUAUGUCCAGAACAUGUAGAGCAAAGAGCUGCAAAGAUCAAUAAAGGCAUCAUCAUCAUCCACUCAGCAUGGCGUCUUCCCCUGGGUUAAGUGCUGACCCUUUACUCAUGCUUCAGCUCCACGACGGGGACUACAGCAAAGCUUCAGAGAGGCCAACCUCACCAGUACCUCUCCCUACUAUGUAUAGUCCUCCAAUGGGCAUAGAGAGCCACACCGUUUGCAUCCCCUCUCCAUACACAGACAGUAGUCAUGACUAUCAUGGACAUCCACCCUUAACUUUCUACAGUCCUUCGGUGCUGAGCUAUACCAGAGCACCCAUUACUGACAGCCCAUCAUCCAUGUGUUCCCCUUUGAGUCCCCCUGCCUUUUGGCCCUCUCACAAUCACCACAGCAUACCUUCCUUGACUUUGCACUGCACCCAACCUCUUGUCUACAAUGAACCAAACCCACCAGGACCCUGGCUUGAGUCAAAAUCCCACGGCAUGAACCCCAACAGCUCUGUCAUCAGCUGUAACAAGCUGCAGAGGAAGAAAUCAGAAGAAGCAGGAGAAGGAAUUAAGUCCUCUUCAUGUUCAUCUACUAUAGGGAAAGCUGACAUGCACUUCUGUGCUGUCUGCCAUGACUAUGCCUCUGGGUACCACUACGGUGUGUGGUCAUGUGAAGGUUGCAAAGCUUUUUUCAAGAGAAGUAUUCAGGGACACAAUGACUACAUUUGCCCUGCCACAAAUCAAUGCACUAUUGACAAGAACCGACGUAAAAGCUGCCAGGCCUGCCGGUUACGGAAAUGCUACGAAGUAGGCAUGAUGAAAUGUGGUGUGAGGCGUGAACGCUGCAGCUAUCGAGGGGCCCGACAUCGUCGUAGUGGACUCCACCUUCGAGAUGCAACAGGCAGCAGUUUGGUAAGGGUCGGGAUGGCUCCGCAGGAUCAGCGCCUUCCCCCGAUGGAACUGUCCCUUCCCCCUCUGGCUCAGCUGAGCAAAGGCAACCAGCCGUUCAUGAGCCCAGAGGAGUUCAUCUCCCGAAUCAUGGAGGCAGAGCCCCCUGAGAUCUACCUCAUGGAGGACCUGAAGAAGCCCUUCACUCAGGCUAGCAUGAUGAUGUCUCUUACCAACCUGGCGGACAAGGAGCUGGUACUCAUGAUCAGCUGGGCCAAAAAGAUUCCUGGCUUUGUGGAGUUAAGUCUAGCAGACCAAAUUCACCUGCUGAAGUGCUGCUGGCUGGAGAUCCUGAUGCUGGGCCUUAUGUGGAGGUCUGUGGAUCAUCCUGGGAAACUCAUCUUCUCUCCAGAUUUCAAACUCAGCAGGGAGGAGGGACAGUGUGUGGAGGGCAUCAUGGAGAUUUUCGACAUGCUUCUUGCAGCAACCUCUCGCUUUCGGGAGCUCAAGUUGCAGAGGGAGGAGUAUGUCUGCCUCAAGGCCAUGAUCCUGCUCAACUCUAAUUUAUGUACAAACUCCCCACAGACUACAGAGGAACUAGAGAGCAGGAACAAGCUGCUGCACCUUCUGGACUCAGUCAUUGAUGCUCUGGUUUGGGCCAUUUCCAAACUGGGACUGUCCACGCAGCAGCAAACUCUUCGCCUUGGCCACCUAACCAUGCUGCUCUCCCACAUUCGUCAUGUCAGCAACAAAGGCAUGGACCACUUGUCGACCAUGAAGAAGAAGAACGUGGUUCUGGUGUACAACCUUCUCCUGGAAAUGCUGGACGCCAACACAUCCAGCAGCAGCAGUCAAACUGCUGUGUCCUCGCCAACCUCUGAGACCAACUGUGACCACCCACCCCCUCCAUUUUACCUGCAAACUGAUGUAGAUCAGACCUUCACCACCAGUUGCAGUAAUGAUAAUUCUAUGGUGCCUCCAGGGGAACCAGUUGAAGACCAUAUGAUGGUUAGACACAUGCAGUCUCAAGGCCUCCUGUCCUCUCCUCCACCUAUAAUAGGAUUUCAAAUGAAAAGUGAGGACUACACCGCUCCUGAACACUGGUCUAUGGAUGGAAGAGAUGCCAGUUCUUCAGUGGAGCCACCUGGUUACAUAAUCGCUGAUCAAGUUGUCAUGGAAACCACCUAGGAAGAUGAUUAAAAGAUCAGAAAAAGAGAAUUGACUUUUUAAAGAAGCAAACAAAAAAAAACACCAGGUUCUGUUGUGAAAUUUUAUUUUUCUUCUUUUUUUAGAUCUUUUUGGUCAUUUUGAUUGUACCAGGCUUCAUCUGUGUAAGUAUUUUUUUGUGAUUGUGCACUAUGUCAAGUGUUCAUGAGAAUGUCGUCUAACUUCUACGCAGAAGUUCAAUGUGCAGUACUGGGAUCUUUUCUCUUCAUCUUGAUGUAAUAUUCAGAACAAGUCAUAUCCAAACAUUUCUUCUGAUAUCUAAAGGUGCAUGUAGACCACACAGCUAACAUUCAUGAUUUCCAUGAGGACUGUUACUCGGAGGAAAAGGCACUGUUUUUGUCGUUCUGCAGUAAAAAUUUCCUCUUGCACUAAUGCUAUACUUUGUGUACUUUGGUGUCUCAUUGGUGCCUGUUCAUUCAGUGUUUUUCUAUUUUUGUGCAAGUUGUCAGUGAAGCAGGACUAUGCUACGUGGCCUUUUACCAAAGUGACUGUUAAAGAUUUCUCUGUUUGCUUGCUUCACCUAAGGCUGAAUUUAUACAAUUAAAGUUUAUGUUUGAAGCUACAGCUUAAAAUGAAAUCCAAAAACAUUAACCACCAGCUAUAAUUAUUCUAAGUGUGGACUUAAAGUAUGGACUUUGACACUGCAGCAUUAAAAAAUGAAAGCUGA